AUGGAUCAGGAACGUACCGGCGAUGUUGUCCUAAAGCUAGACAUUAAAAAUGCUUUUAAUAGUGUUGAAAGAGAAGAGGUUACUCAGAUAGACAAUGACAUUAAGGACACGCUGGAGACCAUCCUCAAUGGUGACAGUUUCGACAUUCCAUAUGUAGGGGAAGCUUUGGACGCCUGGUCUCUUGUGAGCCCGGCCACUGAUCGCCCGGAGAACCCGAGUAUGCAGCGAUGGUGGGAUGAGCAGCUUUGCGAAAUCCGAGUUGCUGAGCUACUAGAAGUAGCCUCUGGAGUGGACAUCGCUCGCCUUAAGGCGGCAUCUUGCCGGGAGUCAGGUGCAUGGCUUCUUGCUCUCCCCUCGCCUCACUUAGGUACUGCCCUCGAUGAUGGAUCACUUAGGGUCGCUGUGGCACUCAGACUCGGAUGCAGCGUUUGUGAACCGCACAACUGCAUCUGUGGAGCACCGGUAGAUGCCAGAGGCUAUCACGGUUUGAGCUGUGGCAAGUCAGCGGGUCGUUUUCCUCGACACCACAUGCUCAAUGAUAUUAUCCGCCGCGCCUUGGUGUCGGCCGGCAUACCGAGCUCACUCGAGCCCCCUGGUUUGUGUCGCUCUGACGGCAAGCGACCAGAUGGGCUAACUCUUACACCUUGGGAGAAGGGUCGCUGUUUAGUGUGGGACGCCACAUGCGUCAGCACUUACGCGGCCUCUCACUUGCCCCGAACAACCCGGAUGGCUGGUUCUGCUGCUGAAUGGGCCGCUUUACAAAAACGGGCUAAGUAUAAGGCUCUUGAAGGGCCAUAUAUUUUCAUUCCCUUCGCGGUGGAGAUACCACAAAACACCGUCAGCGAAAUCUAUACAAACCACCGCGCCGCAAUGUUGGACCUGGGACGUCAAUAUUUUAAUAACGCCGCGCCCAAAUGUCUCUCGCGCAUAUGUCUGAGUGAAUUUUGCUUGAAUAUGGAAGCGGCGUUGCCACAUUUCCACCGUUUGUCAUCUAGGUUCUACCAUCAAUACGCAGCACCACCAGUCCGUAUAUCUAGCAACUAUCUCCACGACCUAAUCCCUCAACAGCACCCAACCUUACUCCAACAAUAUCUGGCCUAUUACAAUGAACCCUUAGUUCCUUUAGACUUGUCGUUGAAGUCUACUUCUCCUAUCACACCCCCUUGCACCCCGCCACCACAGCAUAAAAGAAAAGCUGCUGAAGAUAAUGGCUCAGAAAAAUCUCCAAAAAUAUUUAGACACUUCGAAGAUGACUCUAAAGAUACUAAAGAAGAUAAUGCAUCAGAAAAGGCAGAAAAAAGAAAACCAGACGAUGAGAAUUCUAAUGACAGCGACAGUCCUGAGGCAAAGAAACUUAAAUUCACCAAACAAUUUUUCGAAGAGCUCAAAACAUGUUUGCCACCUGAAGUCGAAAAUAAAAGCGAAAGAAGUUCACCAGAAGUAAUCGAAAUAAAAGACGUGGAGGAGCGUCCGAAAAAGUCACCAAAACCUGCACAGCCGUUGAAGAAAAGCAAAGCGGUCAGACGGCUGAUGUUCGACGAAGACAAAACAUCCCCUGUAUCCGGCACUAUAAUUCGCGACUUAGCCGAAGACGAAACAUUAGUAGUCCGCAAGGGCGACAUAGAUCCGGCGUUCAACGUUGUGGAGGUUACAGAAGAGGCAAAAGCUUUGAUCGCUACGAUAGAGAACCGGCUAGGCAGAUACAUAUGCCGCCUGUGCCGCCGGCUGUACGGCGACGCUUUUGCGUUGGCGCAACAUCGGUGCUCCAGGAUUGUGCAUAUUGAAUACCGCUGUCCAGAGUGCGAUAAGGUGUUCAACUGCCCAGCAAAUCUUGCGUCGCACCGGCGUUGGCACAAGCCCAGAGUUCCAGGAGCUACCAAGAGACGGGAAACCCAACCAGCGUCGGAGGCCGGCAGGUUCCCUUGCCAGAGGUGCGGCAAGCUAUUCCGGAGACAAGCGUACCUUAGGAAGCAUCUACUGGCACAUGAACAACCGGAGAAUGAUGAGAAGGAACCGUCGGCGUUUAGGCAGGUCCACGCCGAAUACUCUGCUUAUCAGACCGAAACCCUCCGCGACAGCAACUUCAACACCUUCUGGAACAAGGUUCCGCCGCCGGCUCAGGAAUUGUCAUGGGAGGGAGUUCGUCAGCGAUGCGCGUCCUCUUGUUCCUCUGAGGACUCGAGGAGUUUGGACGUGACGGGGUCUGAGGAUGAGGGGGGAGGGGGAGGGGACGGGUGA